AUGGCUUCUGCUGCGGACCAGGCUACGGCCCUCAAGAACGACGGCAACAAGGCCUUUGCCGCCCACGAUUGGCCCAAGGCCAUCGACUUAUACACCAAAGCUAUAGAGCUAAACGACAAGGAACCAGCUUUUUUUACGAAUAGAGCACAAGCUUACAUUAAAUCGGAGGCCUAUGGUUACGCUAUUGCCGAUGCUACGAAGGCGGCAGAACUAAACCCGAAGUUUGUCAAGGCCUACUUUCGCCGCGCCGUCGCGCACGCCGCCAUUCUCAGGCCCAAGGAUGCCGUCCAAGAUCUAAGAAAAUGUGUCACCCUCGAUCCGACGAACAAGGACGCGAAGCUUAAACUGGCCGAGUGCCAAAAGAUUGUGCGGCAGCUCAACUUCUAUGCCGCCAUCGAAGUUGGAGACGAGCCCUCCGCGGCCGAGGGCCUCGACCUCAACUCCAUGACCGUCGAGCCCGACUACGACGGCGUGAAGCUCGGCGAGGAGAUAACCCAGGAGUUUAUCGACGACAUGAUUGAGAGGUUCAAGAGCGGCAAGAAGAUCCACAGAAAAUAUGUCUAUCAGAUUGUCAUCGCGGUCAAGAAGAUCGUCUAUGAGGAGCCGACGAUGGUGGAGAUGAAGAUACCCGACGAUGUUAAGCUAACGGUUUGCGGUGAUACACACGGCCAGUAUUACGACUUAAUGGAGCUCUUCCGGUUAAACGGUAGGCCGUCGGAGAAGCAUUGGUACUUAUUCAACGGAGAUUUCGUCGACCGCGGCUCUUGGUCGACGGAGAUUGCCCUAUUAUUGUAUGCCUACAAAUGGCUGCGCCCCAGCGGCAUGUUCCUGAACAGGGGUAACCACGAGACCGACGACAUGAAUAAGGUGUAUGGGUUUGAAGGCGAAUGCAAAGCAAAGUAUAACGAGCGGGUUUUCAAAUUGUUCUCCGAAAGCUUUUCUGCUUUGCCACUAGCUACACUCAUCGGCACCCGGUACCUCGUCUUGCACGGCGGUCUAUUCUCAGACGACAACGUGACGCUAGAUGAUAUUCGAAAGGUCAACAGGCACGCCCAGAGGCAACCGGGCCAGUCCGGCCUGAUGAUGGAGAUGCUAUGGACCGACCCUCAGACGGCUCCCGGCCGAGGCCCGAGCAAGAGAGGUGUGGGCAUGCAAUUCGGCCCUGACGUGACAAAGAGGUUCUGCGAAAAGAACGGCCUUGACGCUAUCAUCCGAAGUCACGAGGUUCGCAUGGACGGGUACGAGGAGGAGCACGACGGGAAGUGCAUCACUGUCUUUUCGGCUCCGAAAUACUGCGACCAGACGGAGAAUAGGGGCGCUUAUAUCAACAUUGGCCCUGAUUAUAAGCUUGAUUUCCACCAGUUUGACGCGGUCCCCCAUCCGCCCAUUCGACCUAUGGCCUACGCCAAUAACUCGCUCAUGUCUAUGAUGUAAAAGGGGAAACGCGGGUGGGAUUUGCUUUUUGCGGUUUCACGUGCUUGGUUUGCGUAGAUGGGUGGGAUUACCUACAUAGCAAUCUUUGCAUAUGUGGCAUCGCAUCGGCAUAGAAGCAUUGGCGUUCGCGGGCGGGGG